AUGGGGGGGGAGAAGGAGAAGGAGAUCCUGGCAGCCAUCAAGGCGGAUCUGCACAAGCUGAAGGCCCUGGAGCGCAUGGUGCGGGAGAAGGAGAAGGAGAUCCUGGCAGCCAUCAAGGCGGAUCUGCACAAGUGUGGGCACAACGCGUACAGCCAUGAGAUCCUGGGCGUGCUGGGAGAGCUGGCCCUGGUCAUGGAGAAGCUGCCGUCCUGGGCAGCCCCUCAGCCGGUGAAGAGGAACCUGCUGACCAUGCGGGACGAGGCCUACAUCUGCUGCGAGCCACUGGGGGUGGUGCUGAUCAUCGGGGCCUGGAACUACCCCUUCGUGCUGGUCAUGCAGCCUUUGAUCGGGGCCAUCGCGGCAGGCAAUGCGGUGGUGGUGAAGCCGUCGGAAGUCAGCGAGAACACGGCUCAGCUGGUGGCUGAACUCCUGCCCCAGUACCUUGAUCGGGAGCUGUACCCGGUGGUCACUGGAGGAGUACCUGAGACGACCGAGCUGCUGAAGCAGAGAUUCGAUCACAUCCUCUACACCGGCAGCUCCACUGUGGGCAAAAUUGUGAUGGCGGCGGCUGCCAAGCACCUGACGCCCGUCACCCUGGAGCUGGGCGGGAAGAGCCCCUGCUACAUCGACAAGGACUGUGACCUGGCCAUCGCCUGCAGGCGGAUAACGUGGGGAAAGUACAUGAACUGUGGGCAAACGUGCAUCGCCCCAGACUACAUCCUCUGCGACCCGUCCAUCCAGAGCAAGGUGGUGGAGAACAUCAAGGCGACUCUGCAGGAGUUCUAUGGGGAAGAUGUGAAGUCGUCUCCAGACUACGAAAGGAUCAUCAACAAGCGCCACUUCAAGAGGGUGCUGGGCCUGCUGGAGGGGCAGAAGAUCGCUCACGGUGGAGAGGCUGAUGAGGCCUCCUGCUUCAUAGCACCGACUAUCCUGACGGAUGUGUCUGCGGAGUCAAAGGUGAUGGAGGAGGAAAUCUUUGGACCGGUCCUUCCCAUUGUGACCGUGAAGAGCGUGGAGGAAGCCAUUGAGUUCAUCAACCGUCGGGAGAAGCCGCUUGCCCUGUACGUCUUCUCCAACAACAAGCAGUUGAUCAAAAGAGUCAUCUCGGAAACCUCCAGUGGGGGUGUUACUGGAAAUGAUGUCAUCAUGCAUUUCUUCCUCUCAACCUUACCCUUCGGUGGUGUCGGUAACAGCGGGAUGGGCGCCUACCACGGCAAGCACAGCUUUGAGACCUUCUCCCACCGCCGCGCCUGCUUGAUCAAGGACCUGAAGAUGGAGGGUACGAACAAACUCCGGUACCCACCUAUCAGCCAGAAGAAGGUGGAUUGGGCCAAGUUCUUCGUCUUGAAGCGGUUUAACAAGGGCCGAAUCGGACUGGUCAUCUUGGCCGUGCUGGGGAUUGUGGCAGCGGUGGUGGCAAAGAAUCACCAGUCUGUGCUGAAGAGCAAAGCCCUCUUGAUUGUGCUGGCUGUUCAGAGGCUGGGCUGGCGCAGUGUGUGGUAAGGAGGAGCAGGUGUCAGAGCACGGCUGGGGCGGUCACGGUGAGAUGGUUUACUACUGAAGAGAGGAGAAGGCGCCAUGGGCAGGUCAUGUUCCGAGUGCUCACUUUGUUCUGUUUCCUUAAGCUGAGAAGUCAUUUUUUUCUUUGGUACUGGGUUAUUUCAGUGAGCUGUCGAGCACACAGAGUAGCCUUAGAGAGGCACUAACCAAGAGAAGGCUCAGACUCCUGUUUACUAAAAAGCCAUGCUGAAGCAGAGGGACCAGUGGGUACGAGCUCUGAAACGGAGGACUGCAGAGCAAGAAACGCCAGCCCCU